CACGCAGCCGAAACCCUAAUAACGAUUCCUAACAAAGAAUAGAGUCCAAGAAGCGGCCACCAUCUGCAGAUCCAAUGGAGAGCGAAGCUUCAGACCCUACUCCAAACAUGCAAUCUCUAUCUGUCAACGAUUCUCAGAAUCACGACUCCGCCAGUUCUUCCAAUCCAGCGCCCGCGAUGACGUUGGAGGAGAAGUUCAGGAUCGUGAGGAGUGUGGGAGAGGAGUGUAUACAAGAGGAUGAGCUGAUGAAUCUGCUGAGGAAUAAACCUGAACCCAUAUGCUAUGAUGGCUUUGAACCCUCUGGCAGAAUGCACAUUGCUCAGGGAGUUAUGAAGACAAUAAGUGUGAACAAACUCACUUCUGCCGGGUGCAGAGUGAAGAUAUGGAUUGCAGAUUGGUUUGCACAGCUAAACAAUAAAAUGGGGGGUGAUCUGAAGAAAAUUGAAACAGUUGGACGAUAUCUGAUUGAAAUAUGGAAAGCUGUUGGGAUGGAUCUUGACGGAGGCAAAGUUGAGUUUUUGUGGUCUUCAAAAGAAAUUAAUGCCCGAGCACAUGAGUACUGGCCUCGUGUAAUGGAUAUAGCUAGAAGGAACAAGCUCCCUAGGAUAAUGAGGUGUGUUCAAAUUAUGGGUCGAUCCGAGCAGGAGGAAUUGAGUGCAGCUCAGAUUCUAUACCCAUGCAUGCAAUGUGCUGACAUAUUUUUCCUUAAGGCUGACAUCUGCCAGUUGGGAAUGGAUCAGAGGAAAGUGAAUGUACUUGCCAGAGAGUAUUGUGAUGAUAUCAAAAUGAAGAACAAGCCUAUCAUCUUGUCACACCAUAUGCUACCUGGUCUACAGCAAGGGCAGGAGAAGAUGUCAAAAAGUGACCCCUCAUCCUCCAUUUUCAUGGAGGAUGAAGAGGCCGAGGUGAAUGUGAAGAUAAAGAAGGCUUACUGCCCUCCAAAAGUUGUUGAAGGAAAUCCAUGCUUGGAGUAUGUGAAUUACAUCAUUUUCCCAUGGUUUAACGAGUUCAAAGUAGAGCGCAAAGCUGAAAAUGGUGGAGAUAAGAUCUUCAAAAGUUACGAAGAAUUGAUUGCUGACUAUGCAAAUGGGGAGCUACAUCCAGGCGAUCUCAAACCUUCUUUGUCAAAGGCUUUAAAUAAGAUACUACAGCCUGUGCGAGAUCACUUUGCUAAUGACAGCAAUGCCAAAGAUCUGUUGAAGCGGGUCAAGGCCUACAGAGUCACCCGGUGAUGUGGAAGAAAGAAAGAAAGAAAGAAAGAGGCGAGAAACAUAUUCUGAUUUGGUGGCUGAUUUAAAUGUGAUUGUGAGUCAGGGGAGUUAUUCAUGGUAAAAAAAAUUAGUGGCUCUUUUAUUCUAUGUGACUUAAAAUUAAUGAAAAAAUAAAUUUAUGAUAAA